AUGCGCAAAUGCGGCGCCGGCGCGGGGCGGGGCCUGUUGUGCGCGCGCGCGCCGGCGCUCCAGUUCCGCCUCUCCGGGGUCGUGCUCCCGGAAGUCCGGCGGGGUCGCGCAGGCGUCCUGGAGCCGCAGGCCUCGGUCGCCGAGGCGGUGUCAUCCCUGACCAUCGCCGACGCCUUCACCGCGGCGGGCGAGAGCCCCGCCCCGCCGCCCUCCGCGCUCAGUAGGAGGUUCAUCUGUUCCUUCCCCGACUGCAACGCCAAUUACAACAAGGCGUGGAAGUUAGACGCGCACCUGUGCAAGCACACGGGGGAGAGACCGUUUGUUUGUGACCGUGAAGGGUGUGGCAAAGCCUUCGUCAGGGACUACCAUCUGACCCGCCACGUCCUGAUUCACACUGGGGAAAAGCCAUUUGUUUGUACAGCUAGUGGCUGUGAUCAGAAAUUCAACACAAAAUCAAACUUGAAGAAACAUUUUGAACGCAAACAUGAAAAUCAGCAAAAACAAUAUGUAUGCACUUUUGAAGGGUGUGAGAAGGCCUUUAAGAAACACCAGCAGCUGAGGACCCAUCAGUGCCAGCACACCAGUGAGCCACUGUUCAAGUGUGCCCAUGAGGGAUGUGGGAAACACUUCGCCUCCCGCAGCAGGCUGAAGAGACACGGGAAGGUCCACGAGGGCUACGUGUGCAAAAAAGAAUGUUCCUUCGUGGCAAAAACGUGGACAGAGCUUCUGAAACACAUGAGGGAAGCCCAUAGAGAGGCCAUAAGAUGUGAAGUCUGCCAGAAAACCUUUAAACGCAAGGAUUACCUGAAGCAACAUAUGAAGACUCACGCCCCGGAGAGGGAGGUGUGCCGGUGUCCCAGGGAAGGCUGUGGUAGGACCUACACGACGGUCUUUAAUCUCCAGAGCCACAUUCUCUCUUUUCACGAGGAAAGGCGCCCGUUCACCUGUGAGCACGCGGGCUGCGGCAAAACGUUCGCAAUGAAACAAAGUCUCACUAGGCACGCUGUUGUGCAUGACCCUGACAAGAAGAAAAUGAACCUCAAAGUAAAACCGUCUCGUGAAAAACGGAGUUUGGCCUCUCGUCUCAGUGGAUACAUUCCUCCUAAAAAGAAACAAGGACAAGCAUCUCUGCCUACAAACGGAGAGUCACUGAACUGUACAGAAGGCAGGGUGCUCUCGACGGUCGCGAUACUUACCCUCAACUGAACACCAGAUUGCUUUGCUUAAAGGACCACAGACCAGCCAGCUCAGUUCUUUCCUCCCAGAAGCACAUUUUUCUUUAUUAAAAUCACGGAUGCACAACA